AUGUGCCGCUCAGUCCUGGAGCUGCUGAUCCUGGUAGCACUCGGCUGUCUGUCAAGUGCCGAAGAUGCUUCCUGCCCAGAACCCCAGAGGGCCUUUCAAGGCUCCUGCUUUGAGUUUGUAGCUCACCAUCGCUCCUUUGUCGGUGCUCAGGCCUGGUGUGAGGAGAGCGGAGGACACCUUGCAUUCAUUCCUGAUGAAAACACUCAAUAUUUCCUGCAGAAGCUCCUGGACCCGCAGAGGGACAUGUGGAUUGGAGUCGCACGUGCCGCCUCUCUGAACGUGCAGUAUUCUGCCACAGCUGAAGGUCCUCUCUCCUGGUUGGAUGAUUCACAUAUCACCUUUUCAAACUGGGCCAGCAGCCCAGAGCCUGGAGCGGCUUGUGGACACAUACUGAAACACUCCGGUUUCCAGUGGGAAGCCACAGGAGACUGCGACAGAGAGCUGAGCUUCAUGUGCCAGUUCGAGUCUAGGAGGGCCAUCGUGUGUGCUGGCCAGAACAUCGCUCUGCAAUGUGCUUCUGGCCAAGUGCUGGUGAUAGACGGUGGAUUCUAUGGUCGCAAGAACGUUCAUUACUGUCAGUCCACAAGCUCCACAGCAACCAUCUCCUCACAGCAGUGUGGCUGGGUGAAUGUUGUGGAAUCACUUAAAGCCCUCUGUCAGGGCCGCCAGGUUUGCCUGAUUGCCGAAGCUGUGAAGUCCUUUGGUGAACCCUGUCCUCCGCUGGGGAAUUACCUGUCGGUGGAUUACCACUGCGAAGAGGGGUUCACACUGACAAUGAACACGGUGGCUGCUGUUUUUACUGACGUCACCAUCAUCAUUAAGUGGCUCUUAACACCGUCACGUGGAAAACCUCUGUGCCGCCUGAGCACCGGAGAUGGCCACGUUUUCCAUGUGGACAGUCCAGCGGGGUUGGAGAGCAGAGUGAUCCACAGAUACACUUACCCGAGCACGUGUGUUGUGGCAGUUGAAUGCACCAGCGAUGACAUGCACGUCACGUCGCAGAAAAUAAUUACCAUCCUGGAGCCGGUCACAGACAUCCGUGUCACCAGCGUGACUCCGGAGAUGGUGGAGCAGCUCAGGCCCGGCUGCCACCAGCUCACGAUCUCUGCAUCUAACAUGGUCACGUUCCCUGAAGUGUCCACAGAGCUGCAGAGAAACAAACACUUGAGAGUUGUCAGAGAUAAAGACUCGACAUCCGACAGUAUUAAGAUCGAAGCAAAACCUAAAGUUCCAGUAGACAGCAAAGAAAAAAGAAUCGAACUCUCCAUUAAGGAUUCCUCCUCCUUCAACGACCCGGGAGAACGGUACCAGUGGGAGUGCAGAGGAGAAGAGUAUGAAAUGAAAAAAUACACUAUAAAGAUAGGAGACUCUGUCUUGACUCAACCACCGGCCACUGUUACGACAGCCGCAGCAGGAGUCACCACAGCUGCUCCCCCCACUACAGUACCUGUCACGAUCAGUGCUACGCCAAACCCUGGAACCACGAUCAGUGCUACGCUGAACACUGGACCCACGAUCAUUGCUAAGCCGAACCCUGGAACCACGAUCAGUGCUACGCUGAACCCUGGACCCACGAUCAUUGCUACGCCGAACACUGGAACCCCGAUCAUUGCUACGCCGAACCCUGGAACCACGAUCAUUGCUACGCUGAACCCUGGAACCACGAUCAGUGCUACGCUGAACACUGGACCCACGAUCAGUGCUACGCCAAACCCUGGAACCACGAUCAUUGCUAAGCCGAACCCUGGAACCACGAUCAGUGCUACGCUGAACCCUGGACCCACGAUCAUUGCUACGCCGAACACUGGAACCACGAUCAUUGCUAAGCCGAACCCUGGAACCACGAUCAGUGCUACGCUGAACCCUGGACCCACGAUCAUUGCUACGCCCAACCCUGGAACCACGAUCAUUGCUACGCCAAACCCUGGAACCCCGAUCAUUGCUACGCCGAACCCUGGAACCUUGAUCAGUGCUACGCCGAACCCUGGACCCACGAUCAUUGCUACGCCAAACCCUGGAACCACGAUCAGUGCUACGCCGAACCCUGGACCCACGAUCAGUGCUACGCCGAACCCUGGACCCACGAUCAUUGCUACGCCGAACCCUGGACCCACGAUCAUUGCUACGCCGAACCCUGGACCCACGAUCAUUGCUACGCCGAACCCUGGAACCACGAUCAGUGCUACGCUGAACCCUGGACCCACGAUCAUUGCUACGCCGAACCCUGGAACCACGAUCAGUGCUACGCUGAACCCUGGACCCACGAUCAUUGCUACGCCGAACCCUGGAACCACGAUCAUUGCUACGCUGAACCCUGGAACCACGAUCAUUGCUACGCCGAACACUGCCACGGAAAGUAAUCAUCUGCGUUGCAGCGAUGUCAAAGCCGUGGCAUUCGUCUUCCUUCCUCUUGGAGACAGCAGUAACAACUAUAACCUGAUUAUUACGGCGACUGUAAAAAAGGACAACUUUGUUGCGAGCACCACCAUAAAAGCACAGGUGCUGGAUUCAGCAGGAGACUCCGGCACUUCAGUGGAUGAUCUGAAGUCCACAGUGGAGAAUGUUGUGGCACAGCUGAAGAAACAAGGUCUCCUGUCAGGAGAGACCAUUGGACAAAUCAUUGGUUCUGUGUCUGACAAACUGAGCAGUCAAUCGGGGGAAUCAGGGAGAGCUGAAAGGGAACAGCUUCGGGAGCAGAUGCUGCACAUGUUGACUGAUGCAGUGAAGGAGGUUCCCAUCAAAACUCCACAAGAGGUUCAGGUGGUCGCCAGAAGUCUGACUGCUGUCAUCAGCAAAGAAGUCAACUCCACUGCUCAGGAGGAAGCCUCUUUAUUAUUUGUGAACCUCAGCUCGUCCCUCCUCCUAAUGGAUGUGAACAACAGUGAAGAAAGCAAGAAGGAAAUGCAAAGUGCAGCCAGCACCAUUCUGGAAGGAGCGAGCAAUAUCCUGGACAACUCUUCAAAUGGGAAGAACGUCUCUGAUGCUCUUCUCGUCGUCCUGAACAAUAUCCAGAGUGCACUGUUGAUACACCAAACUAAUAGCAAGGGGCCGACUGUUAUCUGGAAAAAUAAUAUUGGUGUUUAUGUCAAUAGAGUUACUCCAGGAAGUUUGCACAUGGAGCCUUUAACGUUUCCCAACUGUUCCUACCCAUCGUUUUCUCUCCCGAUUCUACCCUCCAACAUAUUCCCUUCAGAUGAAUCAGUGGAUUUACGAAUGCUGAGUUUGGAUAAAAAUCCAUUUUCCUGGAACGAGGGAGGGAACAUCAGCGGUCAAAUUGUAUCUCUGUCCCUCACAAGACAAGAUGGCUCCGCUAUCCAUUUACAGGAUUUAAGUGAGGAUGUUGAGAUUAUGCUGCCAACGCCUGUUGGGGGUCAGGUGAACACGUCAGUUCUGGACCUGGGAAACUACAGCACAAUGAUCAUUGACAUUCCUUCAGCAGACUCUACGCUGGUUAUAAAGAUGUUGCCUUCAGAAGAUCCAUUACCCUUCAAGCUGCUCCUUGGCUAUAUGAGCUACCCCACUGAAGAGAGUUACGUAGCAAUGACAGAGAUGCCUCAAGAGGGAAAAACACAAGAGGAGAGAUACACGUGGCUUGUAGACGCAGAGAAGCUCAAGAUGGAAACUGGAGUGCACUAUCUUGUAGUGAGGCCCAUUGUAGGACCAGGCAUAAAAUCCAUCAAUGCCACUUUGUCGAUCAUCUCCAUCUCUGUUGCGUGUAAAUUUUGGAAUGCAUCUAAGCUGGAAUGGAGCGGCAAAGGAUGCAGGGUGGGUGCACAGACGACCCAUUUAGUCACCCAGUGCUUCUGCAACCACCUCACCUUCUUCGGGAGCUCCUUCUUCGUCACCCCCAACCUCGUGGACGCGUCCCGCACCGCUGAGCUGUUUGGGACCUUCGCGGAGAACCCCGUGGUCGUGUGCUUUGUGGGUUCCCUCUUUGUGGCUUAUCUCCUGGUGGUUGUGUGGGCUCGACGCAAAGACAUCCAAGAUGCGGCCAAGGUGAGGGGGUCAGUGCUAGAAGACAAUGACCCCAUGGACGAGUACCGCUACCUGUUAUGUGUCAGCACUGGGCAUCGGAGAGGAGCCUCCACUUCCUCUCAGAUAACACUAACCCUCCUGGGCGCUGAUGGAAACAGCGAGCCACACCACCUGACAGACCCGAAGAAGAGCGUGUUUGAGAGAGGGGCGGUGGACAUGUUCCUGCUCACGACACCCUUCUCACUGGGAGAGCUGCAGGGAGUCCGGCUGUGGCACGACAACUCAGGCAGCCAUCCUGCAUGGUAUGUCGGCCAUGUCAUGGUGCAGGAUGGACAGACGGACCAGAAAUGGCAUUUUCUGUGUAACUCCUGGUUGGCCAUAGACAUGGGAGAUUGUUCCCUUGAUAAAGUUGUCUCCGUCUCCACAGAGACAGAUUUGAAGAGUUUCAGUAACUUGUUCUAUAUGAAGACGACAAAGGAUUUGAGCGACGGACACCUCUGGUACUCUGUGAUCAGCCGCCCGCCGAGCAGCACCUUCACCUGUGUGCAGAGAGUGUCCUGCUGUUUCUCCCUGCUGCUCUGCACCAUGCUGACCAGCAUCAUGUUCUACGGCAUCCCCACGGACCCGUCUGAGCAGACCAUGGACCUGGGUCACUUUGAGUUCACGUGGCAGCAGUUCAUGGUUGGAGUUCAGAGUUCACUCAUCAUGUUUCCAGUGAACAUCCUCAUCGUUGGCAUCUUCAGAAACACUCGUCCUCGUGAGACGUCGUGCUGCGGACGCAGAGCAGAACAACCGGAUGCCGGCUCCUCGCAGACCGGCUCCACCGAGAUGAAUGGCCUCCUCACUUUAGACUCCAUCACCAAGGACAUUAAGAGAAUACUCCGCUCAUUCUCCAAGAGCAUGAAAAGCAACAUCCCAUCCGCAGAGCUCGGGCCUGGACAACCAGCUGACAUCCAUGCUCUCCUCUCUGUGCUGAAGGAUUACCUCAGACAGAUUUAUAAAACCGGUGACGAAGCAGAGUCCAGCACAGAGAUCCUUCCUGAUGUCGCUCAGCCUCAGGAAGCAGAUUCAGAAAGCGGAGGCAGUGUGCACCCUGUGACAGACGUGGAGGGCGUUCAGAAGAGCAACAGAACCCGGUAUCUGUACCGGCAGAUGUGCCACAUCAACAGAGCGCUGGGCCUGCUGGGCUCGUCCGGCUUCCCGAGCCCACACAGCUACAGCCGGGCUCUGCAGCAGGUCCAGGGCAUGAAGGUAUUCCUUGAAGAUCAGCUCCUCGCAUCCAGCAGCACCAGCCCGGAUGAACCCGCCCAAAACAAUGAUGACGGUCAGAAGAAGAAGAAGGAGAAGAAGGGCUGCUGCCAUGGAGGGCUGCCCUGGUGGUUCAUCUUUGUCGGCUGGCUGCUCGUGAUAGCCACCAGCUCCGUAGCAGGAUUUUACACGAUGCUUUACGGUUUGAAAUUUGGAAAGGAUCGUUCCUGCAGCUGGUUGGUGUCCAUGAUCGUGUCCUUCUUUCAGAGCAUCCUCAUCAUUCAGCCACUGAAGGUGCUGUGUCUUGCAGCCUACUUUGCACUGGUCAUAAAGAAAGUUGACGAGGAAGAUUUUCAAAAUGUGGCAUUUGACUCAAAAGCAGGUAAAAAAAAAUUACCCACUAUAAAAUCUCUCGACCAACAAAGCGUCCGACAGGGCAGGAGUCUUUACGAGCCGCCUCCUCCUGGAGACGUUGAGAGGAUGAAGAGGAUCAAGAUGAUUGAGCAGAAGGCCUUUGCCCUCUUCAGAGAGAUUUUCAUCUACACAGGCUUCAUGUGGAUGCUGCUGCUGGUGGCGUACGGCCAGAGGGAUCCCAAUGCCUUCCACCUGAACCAGCACAUCAGGAACAGCUUCAGUCCAAGCACCUCACAGAGCAUGAGUCUCAGGGACGUGUUCACGUGGGCCAACACGUCUCUGCUCAGUAACCUCUUUGGAGAUUAUCCAGGAUUUAUCACGGACGGAAACUCGAAGCUGGUGGGAAACGCUCGUCUUCGUCAGCUGAGAGUGAAGAAGAGCUCCUGUCAGAUCGCGGGCUCCAUGCUGCAUCUGGUGCCGGACUGCCACGCACCGUAUUCAUGGGAGGUGGAGGACAUGGACUCCUAUGACUCCGGUUGGAACCAGUCUGUGGGAGAUAACGACACGCUGAGCGCCCCCAGCCCCUGGACGUACCAGACACAAGCCCAGCUCCGGUCCUACCUGGUGUGGAGCAAAAUGGGGCUCUACAGGGGGGGUGGCUUUGUAGCGGUGCUUGUCCCUGAUUUGAAGAAUGCCAGCAGAACCAUCGAGUAUCUGUUCAGGAACAAAUGGCUGGACACGUACACACGGGCAUUCUUUGUAGAGUUCACCAUUUAUAACGCCAACGUCAACCUCUUCUGCAUCGUGACUCUCUUACUGGAGACUGCAGCUGCUGGGGCGUUUGAGUUCCACAGCGAGUUGCAUAGUGUCCGUCUCUACCAGUCCGCCGGGAACCUCUACAUCUUCGUCAUGGCUGCUGAGAUCGUAUACUUGCUUUUCAUCAUCUAUUACAUGUUUGUGCAGGGAAAAUUAAUGAAGCAACAGCGGUGGAGUUACUUCAGCAGCAAGUGGAACCUCCUGGAGCUGUCCAUCAUCUUAUUGAGCCUGAGCGCCUUGGCUGUUUUCAUAAUGAGGACCCUGCUCGGAGACCGUGAUGUGACCUACUACCAAAACCACAAAGACCAGUUUCCCAGUUUCUACGAGACGGCCUCCGCAGACUCGCUGCUUCAGUAUCUGAUCGCCUUCCUGGUGCUGCUCGCCACCGUCAAACUGUGGCACCUGCUCCGGCUCAACCCCAAGAUGCACAUGGUCACCGCCACGCUGCAGCGGGCCUGGGGCGACAUCUCCGGCCUCCUCAUAAUCAUUGGGAUCAUGUUCAUAGCCUAUUCCAUUGCCUGCAAUGUGAUUUACGGCUGGAAGAUCUCCUCUUAUAAAACCCUGGGGGACGCUCUCCUCACCAUCAUCAGCCUGCAGCUGGGCAUCUUUGACUACGGAGAGGUUUUGGACAACAGCCCUCUGCUUGGUGGACUGCUCAUCGGCUCCUGUAUCAUGUUCAUGACGUUUGUGGUGCUCAACCUGCUGAUUACAGCCAUCCUCGUGGCCUUUAAGCAAGAGCAGCUCAAUCACAAGCCCUCAGAGGAGCAGGAGAUUGUCGACGUGAUGCUGAAGCAGAUCUACAGUUUCUUUGGGAUCAGAUGUAAAGAAACAAAAGAGGAGAGACUCCCGGAGCCUGAGGUGAACAGCAGCUCUGGCUUGAUCCUCCACAGCAGCGGAAAUAUCAAAUCUGGCGACCUAAACAUUUCUCAGACAUCUGAGAAACCAACAAAGUGACAAACCUGUGAUAUAACAUAUCUUUGUCUGUC